AUGGUUUACAUCCGGCAAAGGCAACUGUCAAAGUUGCAUGAAUACAAAUAUGCCAGUGUUGACCACUCCCUGGUCUCAAAGUAUAUAUUGAAGCCUUUCUACACCAAUGUCGCGAUCAAGUUCUUCCCCAUGUCCAUGGCACCUAACGCUAUUACGCUCAGCGGCUUCAGCUUCGUUAUCAUCAACUUUCUGACGUUGCUUUACUACAAUCCGACCCUUGACCAAGAUUGCCCACCAUGGGUUUACCUCAGCUGGGCUAUAGGUCUCUUCCUGUAUCAGACCUUUGACGCUGUGGAUGGGACACAGGCGAGAAGAACAAAGCAAAGUGGUCCCCUGGGCGAGCUGUUCGAUCAUGGCGCUAUGAACCUAGGCCAGAGCUGGCAAACAGUCCUUGUUCUCUUCGGCACGGUCUUCACCUUCUACAUACAGACAUGGGACGAAUACCACACUCAUCAACUCACCCUUGGUGUCGUGUCUGGCCCUGUGGAAGGCGUACUCACUCUGGUCGUGGUAUACACCUUUACCUGGCUCAAAGGAGGCGCCAGUUACUGGCAGCAACCAAUGCUUCCCACACUCGGGGUUCCAAAGAAUGCGUUGAUCCCACAAGGUCUAUAUCAGCAAUCUUGGGGUGAAUGGUAUAUCCUAUAUGGUGGACUUGUCUUGCUCUUCAAUACUUGGACCAGCGCGAUGAACGUGAUCAAGGCACGUCGAGACCGUGGAGAGGAUCCUUAUCAAGCACUUCUUGGUUUGGCGCCUGUUACAAUUACCUGGAUACUGAUUCCAAGCUAUCUGGCCCUCAAUCCAAUCAUUCUUAACCAUCAUCUAGUCCCAUUCAUCAUCUUCGCAGGCAUAGUCAAUGCUUACAGCGUGGGUCAAAUGAUCGUGAGACAUCUCGUGAAGGAUAAAUUCCCAUUCAAGAACGUCUUACUCAUACCUCUGGCGAUUGCAGUCGCUGACAGUCUGGCACCCAAGAUUGGUUUGACGACCACGCUGGGUGAUAAUGUGUAUCAGGUUGCGUUCGUCUUCCUGAUGCUCGGACUGGCAAUCGGAGUUUAUGGCAGUUUUGUACACGAUGUCAUUACUACAAUCUGUGACUACCUUGACAUAUGGUGUUUGACAAUCAAGCACCCUUAUGUGGAAGGCAAACAGGACCCGAAUGUGCAUGCUCUGAAACACGACAGAAAACAACAAUAA